AUGGCUGGUCCAGCCCGUGACAAUCUUAGCUCGGUACCCGAUACCAAGGAGACUGAUUUCCAGGAAAAUAAUACGCAGAGGGCUGAUAUGCAUGAUGCUCAGCCCGUCUCCGGAUCCAACGACAAUCAAGAUGGAUUGGACCAAGUUGAUGGCCAGAUCCCCGUUACUCAAGGCUCUUUUCUCCCGGGGAUAACUGCAACAAAGAUUCAGAAAAUCACUGAACUGAACAGAUCGACAACGAGCUUUGAUAUCUGGCGUGGAGAAGUCGAAUUUUCCCUCGGCACUCUGUGCAUUGAACCCGUAAUCGAUAGUACGCUACCCCGACCCAGUGAAUUCGAUGCUGACUAUGGACGUUGGCGUUACUGGUCCCGCAUCGUCGGCAGCUGGCUCUUCAAUCAAGUCAACGAAGAUCUAAAGCUCGAGAUCUUCUCGCGUCCCAGAAUUCCCCGUGAAGCAGAUGAGGUCUACAAAGUUAUCCUCGACGAAGCCGAACGCUUCAACACGCUUGCGAAUGUGUACCACGAGCUUAACAAAUUCGACGACAUCACUCGUGAGAACUACACGACAGCUUAUGAAUAUAUCACUGCUUACAGAAAACAAUUCAAUGUGCUGAAAAGGUUCGGCGUCGCCCCGCCCCCGGCAUUUGCGAUUGCGAGACUGAUGCGCAACAUCGAAGAUGAAGUCGAGAAAGUGAUGUUCAUCCGGGAAAGGACUGGAGCGUUCAAUGCCGGUGAUAUGACGGAAGAUCAUUUCUACAAAUACAUUACGGAGCUCGCCGUCAGUGCCAAAAGGCAAUGGUAG